AUGCAAGCACCAGGAAUGAGAAUAUCGAAGUCUCAGGCAACGGACCGCGAGUACGAUAAGUAUGUGAAUCUGAGCAUUCAGUGGAAUCGAUGGCUCCUAAAGCCAAUGGGCGUCUGGCCACGCUCGUUGUUCGAUUCAGCAACAGAGAAAUACCUAACUUGGUUGAUUAAUGCUAUAUGUUACGGGUUGAUAAGUUUUCUUUUUAUACCUUCUACUCUCUAUACGAUCGUAGACGUGAAAGAUCUGUACAAUAGAAUUAAAAUGUGCGGUCCGUUAAGCUUCUGUGUGAUGGCCUACCUGAAAUAUUAUUCGUUAGUUGCUCACGCGAAUGAUAUUCAAGACUGUGUUCAGCGCAUCGAAUGGGAUUGGAGAAACAUUGAACAUUUCGAGGAUAGAUCCAUUAUGGUGGCCAAUGCGAAUUUCGGAAGGCAAUUGGUGAAAGGCUGCACCAUUUUCAUGUACGGCGGUUUUGUUUUCUACUACAUCGUGGUGCCUGUAAGCAUCGGAACACUCACGGCGGAGGAUGAAAAUCUGACGUUCGUUCCGAUGGUGUUUCCGAUCUCGAGAGUAUUGGUUGAUUCGCGGCACAGUCCUGCCAACGAGAUCCUUUUCGCGAUUCAACUGUUGGCAGGAGGUCUGAUUCAUGGAAUUGCUGCUGCCGCUUGUAGUUUGAUCGCUGCUUUCGCGGUCCAUGCUUGUGGACAGAUGAAAGUUUUAAUGUGCUGGCUGGGUCAUUUGAUAGACGGCCGAGAAGAUAUGUGUAAAACCGUGGAUGGCAGAAUCGCGAGUAUCGUGACUCAACAUACUCGAAUACUAAAAUGUUUGUCUCUUAUUGAGAAGUCAGCUUCGCAAGUGUCACUUGUAGAAGUUUUAGGAUGUACUUUAGGAAUAUGUCUUCUUGGAUAUUAUAUUAUUGUGGAAUGGAAUUCAAACGAUUUAGCUGCCUUUACGACGCAUAGUUUGUUACUCGUAUCAUACGUCUUCAAUAUCUUCAUAUUUUGUUAUAUAGGCGAGCUCGUUGCGGAACUGUGCAAAAGGAUUGGCGAAAUAUCGUACAUGAUCGAGUGGUAUCGUUUACCAGAAAACAAAAGACUUAGCAUAGUCUUGAUAAUCGCGAUGUCCAAUGCAACGAUAAAACUUACAGGAGGAAGCAUGGUCAAAUUGUGUCUCAGCAGUUUCGGUGACGUUGUUAAAACAUCGGUGGCGUUCUUAAACAUGUUACGAGCAUUGACUUAA